CAGUCGUUACAAACAUCCAUCCCUAACCCAUUUAUCCAUCCUUCUAAUUCCCAUUGAGACACCGCAAAAAGCCCUUCUACGUUUUCAUUGCUGAAUAUCUCUUCCGACCAUCGGCAAUCAUGUCUUCAGCGAAGGAUGCCGAUCCUUCUCUGGGUUACCUGACCCGGAAAGAUACCGAAGUGAAGCUUCCUCGGCCAACGCGGGUGAAAAACAAAACACCGGCCCCCAUUCAGAUUACCGCAGAGCAGAUACUGCGCGAGGCAAGGGAACGUCAGGAAGCUGAAAUCCGGCCUCCCAAGCAGAAGAUCACAGACUCAACUGAGCUCGCUGACUAUCGACUUCGCAAAAGGAAGGAGUUUGAAGACCUAAUCAGACGGGUUCGAUGGAAUAUUAGUGUAUGGAUUAAAUACGCACAGUGGGAGGAGUCACAAAAAGACUUCAAUAGAGCUCGUUCGGUUUGGGAACGAGCACUGGAGGUUGAUUACCGGAAUCACACGCUAUGGCUCAAAUAUGCGGAGGUGGAGAUGAAGAACAAGUUCAUAAAUCAUGCCAGGAAUGUGUGGGAUCGUGCUGUUACGCUUUUGCCCCGUGUGGAUCAGUUGUGGUACAAGUACAUUCACAUGGAGGAGAUGCUUGGAAAUGUGGCCGGGGCUAGACAGAUCUUUGAAAGAUGGAUGGGUUGGAUGCCUGACCAACAAGGGUGGCUUUCUUAUAUCAAAUUUGAACUGAGGUACAAUGAAAUUGAACGUGCAAGAGGAAUUUUUGAACGUUUUGUUCAGUGUCACCCGAAGGUCAGUGCAUGGAUUCGGUAUGCUAAGUUUGAGAUGAAGAAUGGGGAAGUUGCGAGGGCUAGGAAUGUAUAUGAAAGGGCGGUUGAGAAAUUGGCUGAUGAUGAGGAGGCAGAGCAGUUGUUUGUGGCUUUUGCUGAGUUUGAGGAGCGGUGCAAAGAGUCAGAGCGUGCUCGGUGUAUUUAUAAGUUUGCACUGGACCAUAUACCGAAAGGGAGGGCGGAGGAUUUGUAUAGGAAGUUUGUUGCGUUUGAGAAGCAGUACGGGGACAAGGAAGGAAUUGAAGAUGCAAUAGUGGGGAAGAGGAGGUUUCAGUAUGAGGAUGAAGUGAGGAAGAACCCAUUGAAUUAUGAUUCGUGGUUUGAUUAUAUUAGGUUGGAGGAGAGCGUUGGGAAUAAGGAGAGGAUUAGGGAAGUUUAUGAGCGUGCAAUUGCAAAUGUCCCUCCAGCUGAGGAGAAGAGAUAUUGGCAGAGAUACAUAUACCUGUGGAUUAAUUAUGCUCUCUACGAAGAACUUGACGCUGAAGAUAUUGAGAGAACACGGGAUGUUUACAGGGAAUGCAUGAACCUAAUUCCUCAUAAGAAGUUUUCAUUUGCAAAAAUAUGGCUUUUAGCUGCCCAAUUUGAAAUUCGACAAUUGAAUCUCAAGAGUGCUCGACAAAUUUUAGGCAAUGCCAUUGGUAAAGCUCCCAAAGAUAAGAUUUUCAAGAAAUAUAUUGAGAUAGAGCUGCAACUUGGUAAUAUUGAUCGCUGUCGAAAGCUUUAUGAGAAAUAUUUAGAUUGGUCACCUGAAAAUUGUUAUGCUUGGAGCAAAUACGCGGAGCUGGAAAGAUCUCUGUCUGAAACUGAACGGGCACGAUCAAUUUUUGAGCUUGCAAUAGCACAGCCAGCCUUGGACAUGCCAGAGUUGUUAUGGAAGGCAUAUAUUGAUUUUGAAAUAUCCGAAGGUGAAUACGAGAGAACAAGACAGCUUUAUGAGAGACUAUUGGACCGAACAAAGCAUUUAAAGGUUUGGAUUAGUUAUGCCAAAUUUGAGGCAGCUGCCAUGGAAGAGAUUGUUGAGGGUGCAGAUUCAUUGGAAGAACAGAAGAAAAAGUGUAUUCAAAAUGCAAGAAGGGUAUUUGAGAAAGCCAUUAACUAUUUCAGAACGUCAGCACCUGAAUUGAAGGAGGAACGUGCUAUGCUUUUGGAAGAAUGGUUGAACAUGGAGAGUAGUUUUGGGGAGUUAGGUGAUGUUGGCUUAGUCCAGCCUAAGCUGCCUAAGAAGCUCAAAAAGAGGAGGCCAAUUGCCUCAGAAGAUGGUCUGGCUGGGUUGGAGGAAUAUAUAGAGUACAUAUUCCCAGAAGAAACUCAGGCCCCAAAUCUAAAAAUCUUGGAAGCUGCAUAUCGCUGGAAGAAGCAAAAGCUGUCUACCGAGGAUUAACAACACGUACUCUGCUCUUGUAGCAUGUUUAAACGCAAUUGUGUAUAGACAUUGAGAGGUGCUUUAUUAACUUUCUUGAGUUAACAUUGAAAAAAGAAAUAGCUUGGUUGCACAUGCAUUCUUCUCAGAAAUGAGAUCCCACUAAAUUAGGGAGUCUUUGUUGUAUGGAGUAGGCAGAAAAAGGAAGGGAAAAUGCUUGCUGGUCGUUGGACGAAUGUGGUUUGGAGCUCAGUCGAUUCUCCAAAUGUAUUAUAAGGUGGGAUCAAACUAUCUGAAGCAUGUGAGUUUUGAGUUUACCUUGUACCAUAUUUUAUAGAAUUUCAAGAUGAGUUGUAGAUUCCUUAACGAGGAGCGGAAAUAGGAUGAAUGAUACUAAUUUGGUUUUUUA